UAUUUUUGAGGCUUUUUUCACAUUUGGUGUGAGUUGCGGGAGCAAAUUCAAACUUUUCCUGGGUGUAAAAUACCAAAACCCAAAACCAAAAACAAAAACCUUGCUUAAAACCUAAAACAGAGAAGCUUGUAGAAGCUAAGCAGAGAGAAAGAGAGACUCUUAGCUCUUCUCAUGGCGUCAGGAGGAAACGGAGCUGCUGGAACAGGGAACGUUGAGUGGCAUGUGAGGCCUCCAAACCCUAAAAACCCAAUCGUUUUCUUUGAUAUUACUAUCGGUACAAUCCCUGCCGGUCGCAUCAAGAUGGAGCUUUUUGCCGAUAUUGCCCCUAAAACUGCCGAAAAUUUCAGGCAAUUUUGUACCGGUGAACACAGAAAAGCGGGAGCGCCCAUAGGUUAUAAGGGGUGCCAGUUCCAUAGGUUGAUCAAGGAUUUCAUGAUUCAAGCUGGUGAUUUUCUUAAGAAUGAUGGGAGUGGAUGUGCUUCUAUAUAUGGACAUAAGUUUGAUGACGAAAAUUUUACGGCCAAACACACUGGUCCUGGUCUACUGUCAAUGGCAAAUAGUGGGCCAAACACGAACGGAUGUCAGUUCUUUAUCACUUGUGCAAAAUGCGACUGGCUCGACAAUAAGCAUGUUGUGUUUGGGAGGGUUCUUGGAGAUGGUCUUUUGGUUGUCCGGAAGAUUGAGAAUGUGGCUACUGGACCCAACAACCGGCCUAAACUGGCAUGUGUUAUUGCUGAAUGUGGGGAAAUGUAAAAAAGAUCAGAGCUGAUUGUGUAAACUUUGAUGGAUCAACAUCAUCUAAUCAAUUGACCUUUAUCCCAACAUUGUGUGGCUCUUUUCUUAGUGGGAAAUUUACGUUCUCAAAAAAUUGUUAAUCAUAAGUCAUCUUUGAAUAUGGAUUUGAUAAUCAAAAGUAUUCUGAACUAA